AUGGACAGCAACGACGAUGAGACGGCCCGUGGUGAAGCUGCGCCAUUGUUAGGCGAUGCACAGCAGACAAGUCCUUCAGUGCCUGCUCACGACUGGUGGACUGAACUGUCACUCAUCGCGCGCUACACAGUGCCUCUCGUGGCUACGUACCUGCUCCAGUAUUCCUUCAGUGUCAUCACGACAACGACAGCUGGCCACCUCAGCCCAGAUGAUCUGGCGGCUGCUGCAAUUGGCGUGACCACGAUGAGUAUCGCUGGUCUUGCCCUCUAUGAAGGAAUGGCAACUGCUCUUGAUACCCUUUGUGCGCAGGCCUACGGGGCGGGGAACAAGGCUGGAGUUGGCCUGCACGUACAACGUAUGCUUAUUCUUAUGGCUAUUGUCACUGUCCCUGUGGGUGCCAUCUGGAUAAGCUCGCCUGCUUUCUUGACUCUUAUACUCAAACAAAAUCACCUGGCCGUCAAAGCUGGCUCAUUUCUGAGAGUCAGCUUGCUUGGAAUCCCCGGGUACGCGUCCUUCGAGGCCCUCAAACGCUUCCUCCAAGCACAGGGUGAUUUCAACACAGGCAUGAUUGUCUUGGUGAUAUGUGCCCCUUUAAAUGCCCUCCUCAGCUGGCUCUUCGCCUUCCGCCUCGGCAUGGGCCUUGAAGGUGCAGCCCUCGGCGCGGCUGCAGCCAACACUCUCCGACCUACCCUCCUUCUUGUAUGCAUCUACUUCAAAAAGUCCACUCACGAAUGCUGGCCGGGCUUUACUCGUCGUGCAUUCCAAAGCUGGGGUCCCAUGGUUCGGCUAUCUGCCGCAGGCUCGGCUGUGACAUUGGCUGAGUGGACAGCGUUUGAGAUCAUCACCGUUAGCACGUCAUACAUGAGCACGAUGCAUCUUGCAGCACAGACGAUAUUGACUACUACCUCGAUAGUCAUGUGGCACAUUCCCUUCUCCCUUGGUGUGGCUGUGAGUACAAGGAUUGGCCACUUGAUAGGUGGUGGCUAUGUCGCUGCCGCCCGGCGCAUUACUAUACUCUACGGCAUUCUAUUCGUCGCUCUGGGCUUCUUUAAUGGUACCGUCUUGUUCUUGUUCCGGAACUACAUUGGUCCUUUCUACACCAGCGAUGAGUCUGUUCGACGCAUUGUGGCAAAUACCAUGCUUGCAGUAGCUGCUUUCCAACUCGUUGACUCGAUCGUCUGCGGUUGCAAUGGUGUACUUCGCGGUCUGGCAAGACAGUCUGUUGGUGCCUGGGUCGUUUUCUUCGUCAAUUACUUGGCUGCAGUGCCCAUAGCGGUCUGGUUAGAAUUGGGACUAUUGCAUCUGGGCCUCAAUGGAGUAUGGUCAGGAAUCAUUGGUGGCUCGGCCGUUAUUGCUGCUGUUGAAGUCAUCUACAUGAUAAGGGUAGACUGGAGAGGUUCCGUGGAGACUGUCAAGUCCAGAGAAGAUUGA